AUGGAUGCACUGCUAGAGGGUUUGAAUGACGCUCAGCGAAGUGCGGUCACCAGUCCCGCAAAUGUCGUUCAGGUUCUCGCACCGCCAGGAUCUGGAAAGACGAAGACCCUCACUGCGCGUGUCGCGUACCAUGUUAUUCACGAGCGCUUGCAGCCAUGGAACAUCAUCGUGUGUACUUUCACCAUCAAGGCGGCCAGAGAGAUGAAGGAACGCAUCAAAGGAUUUGUAGGCGACAAGCUCGAAGCCAAGUUGAUCCUGGGAACCUUCCAUUCCGUUGCACGCCGCUUCCUCUCUCGAUACGGACAAGAAAUCGGGAUUGACAAAAACUUUGGUAUCGCCGACACAAACGACAGCAAAGCCAUAAUUAAGCGCAUUGUCACGCGUUAUCAGUAUACAGUCGAACCUGGCCAUGCUCGUUCCAGGAUAUCCAAUCUCAAAUCGAAGGGGGUCACCGCAGAUGCGUUUGCAGCCACUAGCAAGAAUGUCAAUGACAACGAGUUCGCCAUGGUAUACUCUUCGUAUGAGGAGCAUCUCAAAGCAGCCAAUCUGCUUGAUUAUGACGACCUCCUCGUACGAUGUGUUGAGCUGCUGAAGCGGAGUCCAUCCUGCGUCUCGACGAUCCAAGCGGUACUCAUCGACGAGUAUCAAGACACCAACAAUAUUCAAUACGAACUGAUGAAGCUCCUCGCUCAAAGUACGAGAAGAAUUACGAUUGUGGGAGAUCCGGACCAGAGCAUCUACAGUUUCCGCGCAGCGGAGAUCAAAAACCUGUUUCGCAUGCGCGACGAGUUCCCAGAGUCCGUUGUGAUCAAUCUCGAGAACAACUACCGGUCUUCUGGAUGUAUUCUCAACUCGGCACUGGCGGUAAUCGAGCAGGAUGAGAGUCGCCCACAAAAGGCUCUGAUAGCAACGCAUGUUGUGGGCGAAGCACCAACACUACGCCAUCUCGUGUCAGCACACAUUGAGGCAAAAUGGACAGUUGAUGAGAUCAUACGGACUAGAACGCUCGCAGCCGGUCUACUUGAUUACAACGAUUACGCCAUCUUAUUGCGCUCUAGUCAGCUCUCACUACAGUUGGAGAGAGCUUUGGCUAAAGCCGGGGUGCCGUACAGAAUGGUCGCUGGUAUCAAAUUCUUCGACCGUGCGGAGAUUAAGAUCAUACUGGACUAUUUGCGCGUGGUCAGUCAACCAGAGCACAACGAUGCGGUUGCACGGGUGAUCAAUCUGCCUUCCAGGAAAGUGGGAGAUAGUACGGUUAAGGCUUUGCUUGAAGAGGCGGAAGUAAAGAAAGUAACACUAUGGAAACUUGUGCUCGACAUUGCGCAAGGGCGGAUACGAUCUAAUUGCAAGGUCUCGACCCAAGCCCAGAAAGGUAUCGAGCAGUUCGUCAAUGUCAUUCUCACCUCGAGGGAGAAGUUGCUGCCUACUAAAGGCGAGCAUUGCGACCUCUACGGGCUCAUCGGUCAUAUCUUGCAGAAGAUCUCUUUCGAGGCAUACCUGAAGCAAACCCACAAGGAGAAUUGGAAAGACCGGUGGGACAAUGUGGAGGAGCUUGUCGCUCAAGCGACGCAGAUGGCUACAGCUUUGGCUAGCGGAGAAGAGAUCACAGACGAUGCUCUACCUAUCGUGGAGGGGAUCGAACAACGACAAGAUACAGCCGCCGAUGUGCUGUCGAAGUUUCUCGCAAACGUUACUCUCUCGAGUCUUGCAGACCAGAACGGUGGGGAGGUGGAGCAGGUCACCAUCUCCACGAUACAUGCUGCCAAAGGCUUGGAGUGGCCAGUAGUAUUCCUACCCGCAAUGUACGACGGCUCGAUACCCCAUUCGCGCGCAGAUGAUCACGACGAGGAAAGACGACUGCUCUAUGUCGGUAUGACACACCUGGCAAAGAUCUUGCGCAGACCUUGCCCGACCGCCGAGGACAUUGAAACUGCACGUGUCGGUCUGGAGCGCCUGGAGGAUGACUUAUAUCCUGCAACCAGGGACGAGAUCGAUGGCGACGACCCAAGCUGGGGUACGUCUUGGGACGACAAGUUCGACAAAUUCGGUCCAAGCAGCGAAGCAGCUCAAACAGGGUUCAAACGACGCAAACUCGAUGCUAAUACUUCACAUGCCCACGACUCGGUUGCGGUAACCAUGAAUAGGACUUCCGGCUUCUCGAUGGCCUCUACCACAAUGCAUGGCGCAAAACCAGGCUUCACCACCGCUCGUGACCUCGGUGAUCUACAAGCUAUGCAGCGGGAAGCAGAGCGUGUUCGCAUGCUUGCUACCGCAAACGAUGCAGAAAGAGGGCGCAAAGCAUACCAAGAAGACAAGAAGGCAGAAACGAAGCCUGCGCAGGCGAAGAAAACCAAGCCUCGGGCAGCAGGCCAAGGUGCCAUCACGAACUUCUUCGCGAAGAGAUCCGUCAGCACGCCUUCAGAAGACACGGAGCAAGUGCCACCUCUUCCCACGGCAUCGUUGCAGCGCUCACAAUCGUCGCUGUCAAGCAACACCCCAUUAUACGAUAUCUCCAACGUUCAGUCUUCCACUGUACGACAGCCAAAGCCCUACCAAUCGCUCGCACUUCCAAACUAUAAACUUCAGAAUCGUCCCAUGGCGAGCAAGCCUAAGCGGACCGAGCCACCACCGGACAUGGAGAAUACCAGAUACGUGCUCCUGUCUAGCUCACCUGUGAAGCCGGAUUGGGAGGACACCACUGUUGGAAGUGCCGAUAAGGAACAAGAACAAGCCCCACCGAGUCCAGUGAAGCAGUCGUCUUCGUUUGUGUCGUCAUCUGGUUUCAGAGCUGCGUCGGCCUUUCACACUACGUCAAUGAACCAAGUACAGAACCAAGCGGCACAGAGGAAAACGCUGGGUACGCGGAGGACAAUGCAGGGUUGGAGUGUGAAGCAUAGUUCGAUGCCGAAGCCGCGGCCAUCGUGA